CCUCCUCGGCGGACUCCGGCAGCUCUCUCGCCAGAGUCCUCGAACUCGAUUCGUCUCGCACUCGCUGCAGCGGAUAACCGGCGUGCCCCACCAUGUCAGACUCGGCCAUGGACACCAGCUCCGAGAUCAUCACCAAGGACUUGAUGGAGAAGAAGGAAGUUGUGGAGGAGGCUGAGAAUGGAAGAGACGCACCUGCCAAUGGCAAUGCUAAUGAAGAAAAUGGGGAGCAGGAGGCCGACAAAGAGGUAGAUGAAGAAGAGGAAGAAGGUGGGGAGGAAGAGGAGGAGGAGGAAGAAGGUGACGGUGAGGAAGAGGAUGAAGAUGAAGAUGAGGAAGCUGAGGCUCCUACGGGCAAGCGGGUAGCUGAAGACGAUGAGGAUGAUGAUGUUGACACCAAGAAGCAGAAGACUGACGAGGAUGACUAGACAGCAAAGGAAAAGCUAAACUAAGGCCGCCGUGACCUGUUCACCCUCCGCUUCCCGUCUCAGAAUUUAAACGUGGUCACCUUUGAGUAGAGGAGCUGGCCCCGUCCGCCCACAGCAGGCAGUGCCACCCACAGAUGACAUGCGCUCUUCAUCAACCCACCAAAACCACAACAUGAAUUUACAACAGGGGAGGAA